GCCCCGGCCCCGGCCCCGCUGCCAGGUGCCAUCUCUGCCCGCCGCAGCGCCACGUGCGGAGCCGCCUCCGCCGGGCGAGCGGAGAGGGAAGUUCCCGCCGCUGCCGCUGGCGGCCGCGGCCCCGACGGCGCGCAGCAGCCGCUGUUUUCUCUUCCUCUAAUUUUUAUUUUAUUUUUUCCCCCUUUGGAGCCUCUCUUUCUCCCGACGCCGCCUCGCCGAGGAGCUCGCGGGGAUGCCGUGGUGAGCUCGAGCGCCUGGCCCAGGCGGCAGCCUGGAUUUCGGGUAAGGCGGGGAGGCACACGCGACCGGUCAGCGAUGGAUAAAUACGACGACCUGGGCCUGGAGGCCAGUAAGUUCAUCGAAGAUCUCAACAUGUACGAAGCCUCCAAAGAUGGUCUCUUUCGGGUGGACAGAGCCCCUGGGAACAACCCUGAAUUUGAGGAGACCAGGCGGGUUUUUGCCACUAAAAUGGCCAAAAUCCACCUCCAGCAGCAGCAGCAGCAGCAGCAAGAGGAGCUGCUGGUGGCCGCCUCGGGCUCCCUCAAUGGCGGAGCUGCUUUUGGUGCCCCGCGGCUGGGUGUGCCGGGGCCCUGGGGUGGGCUGCAGGGCAGCCGGGCCCAGGCGGGUGGCAGCGUGGCCAAGCCGCCCCUGGCCUGCACCACGGCCAGCCCUGCUGGCCCCCCGCACUCUGUGGCUUUGCCUGGCCAGCCCCCAAACCCAGGUGGGUACAGCUGCGAGGAUAGCAUCCCGGGGGCACAUGGGUGCCAUGGGGCCACCCCUAGGCCCUUCCCACCUCCUGCUCUCGGGGGCUGCCCUGCCCCGGGAGGCCCGGCUGCACUCCGGAGCUGGGACGGGAAUCUAGAUGGGUUUGCCCUGCCCAAACCUGCUGCAGGGAAUUGGCGGCCAAACAUCCAUCCCAGCGAUCAGCUGCUUCAGAGCCCUACGAAAGCCCAUGGCGAGCCCCAGCUGCAUCAGCACCAGUCUUCAGAGAGUGGCCGCAGAAGCUGGGAAAACGGGAGCGAAGGCCAGAGGAGUGGCCAGGGCCAAGAGCACAAAUCAGCAGGGCAGCGGUCCUCCUCUUUCUCGCACGUGCGAAGCCCUCCAUCCUCCUCUAUUGGAUUUGAAGAGGCAGCACCAGCAGGUCUUCCGCAGCAGCGGUCAUCAUCCUUCUCAACCUCAUCUGCAUCGCCUGCCACGGAGUUUUUGGGCCUCUCUGACUCACGUGGUCCAAGUGCUGGAGUGGAUAUCCCAGCCACAGACAAAAACAGGGACUGCGGCCAGCGGUGGUACCACGAUGGUCCUCCAUCCUUCUCUCCUGGCUCGGUUCCAGUGCCUGGGCCCCCAGGCUUGGACUAUCAGCAAGCCAGUGCUUAUCCCAACGCUGCCAGCCGUUUUGUUGCCCAUGGGCAAAAUCACAGGCCCAGCACCAGCAGCUCAAACCCUGAGCAGAGUACCUCCAACACAGCUUCACGUGGCCCAAUGACUUCAGAUGCUCCCAAGCCACCUUUCAGAGAGGGCCUGAGUGCUCUGCCAUCCAACUCCGGACACCAGGAAAACUCUGGGGCAACAAAAGUAAAAUUACCCUGCCAGACCCUCCUUCCACCACAGGAGCAAGGGCCGUCUGCCGCUGAAUUAAAAUUAGAAGCACUCACCCAGCGUCUGGAGCAGGAGAUGGAUGCUCGUCCGAAGGCUGAUUACUUUGGAACCUGUGUGAAGUGCAACAAAGGUGUGUAUGGAGCCAACCAGGCUUGCCAGGCAAUGGGCAAUCUCUACCACGAUGGCUGUUUCACCUGCGGAGCCUGCAGUCGGAAGCUGAGAGGAAAAGCCUUUUAUUUUGUCAAUGGAAAGGUGUUCUGCGAAGAAGAUUUCCUGUAUUCUGGCUUCCAGCAGUCAGCUGACAGGUGUUUCAUUUGUGGCCACUUGAUAAUGGACAUGAUCCUGCAGGCUCUAGGGAAAUCAUAUCAUCCAGGCUGCUUCCGAUGUGUGGUCUGCAACGAGUGUCUGGAUGGUGUGCCAUUCACUGUAGAUGCUGAAAACAAAAUCUACUGUGUCAGGGAUUACCACAAAGUUUUAGCUCCAAAAUGUGCAGCGUGUGGACUUCCCAUUCUGCCCUCUGAGGGGUCUGAUGAGACUAUUCGGGUUGUGUCCAUGGACAAGGAUUACCAUGUGGAGUGUUACCACUGCGAGGACUGUGGAAUGGAACUCAAUGAUGAAGACGGACAUCGCUGUUACCCACUAGAUGAACAUUUGCUUUGUCACUCCUGUCAUCUGAAACACAUAGAGGACGGCACAACCCCAGCAGCUCGGUACCAGCAUCACUACUAGCCAGCAUGGCCAAUUUCUGAAAGUCUGGACAGAAGACUUGUUACAUGAUCUCCCUCUCCUCCACUUCAGUUGAUUUCUUGUGCAUGUUUUUCCUCCAAUCAACAGUUUACCUGUAAAAGGAUAGAAGAGCUUUUUGCUGGAUUCUCAGAGUUUAUAUGCUUUUGAGUUCCAGCUGUAUCAAACUAUGCCUACUUGACCAAGAAUGUGGCAUGUUAUCCAGAAUGAUCAGUUUACUCUUACGUGCCUUUCUCUGCUCUCUGGAGGUUCCUUUUGGUUCAUUUUGAAAGAUUCUUCAGUAAAAGCACAACUUGCUGUCAUGUCUAUGAACUCAGAUCAUGCUAUUCACAAUUAAAAAGCCAGAGGCUGGCCUGCCUGCCUGCUGGGAACAUUCCUUCAGUCUAAGUGUUUUCCAACAAGCACCUUUCAUCAAAUUCCCCCCAGGAAAUCAACUUAUUAAUACCAAUUCUUAGGCAAUCUCUCUCUCUCUCUUUAAUUCUUUAGGAAAAGAAAAGAAAGAGCUCUGUUCAAAAUAGCCUGUUUGGGCCUUCUGCUUAAUUCACAGAACUUUGAUACCAGCCUGGCUUUAAAAGGCACCAACUCUCCAAGCAAAAACCGGGCAUGCUGACUGGCUGCUGGAGGCUGAUCUCCCAUUUCAAACAGAACAAAAAAAUGGAACAAGCUAGGCUAAGCUACUGUGGUGACUCUGGGCCUGGGCUUGUGUGUCAGCAUGAUAUGCAGGGGCCUGUCUGCUGUAUUGAAGUCUAAAUAGUGGAUUACAUUUGGAAAGGCCUGGAUGCUAGAAGUGUAAACACUGGGGAAAUUCAUUCUUGUUGUUGCUUGCAGAAUCACUUUGGGAAAAAAGCUCUCUGCACACAGACAUUUGCCUGCGCUUUUCCCAGUUUAUCCCCAUAACUCAAUCCCCAGCCUGGCCACUCCUUUCCAGAGUGUUUCCAGCAAAAGCCAUUUCGUAACAGUGCUUAUUUAGAGUUCUGGGAACAAACUCGAGAUCAUCAUGAAGGCUUUUUAUACAGGGACUUAGAGCCCAGCCCCACCACCCGUACUCAAAUGAGUCCAGUCAUCGGUUUAAACAGAUUUGCUCAUGUGAACAGUAACAGCUUAUCUGAGCAAAGGGUUGGGGAGUUUGGCCCUUCUGUUCUGUUGAGGAAAGCAGAAAGGCAGAUUAUAUCCCACUUCGAAGCCCCUUGCUUUACAGUCAGAGAAAUCUGCUCCCGCAGUGUGUUACAUAUGUGGUAGAUGUACCUGCAGUUCUUGCUCUGUACCAAUGGUAUGCAGACCCUCUUAUGCAGGUACCAAGUUUUUGUUUAAGAAAAAGCUCUUAUUUUAAAGUCUCAGAUGCAAUAUGAGGUCUUACCUACUCUUUUCAGCACAUAUUUUCUGGAAAAAUAGUUAAAAUGCUCUUGUGUCCAUGCCAAGAAUUUCAGUUCAGUUCUGAUGGAUAAUGGACUGAAUAAUGUUCUUGAAGAUCUUUUUAGUGAGGGAACUACAGUAAAUUAGUUGAGCAGUGGCAUUUACACACCAGAAAUGAGCAUAAUGUGAGUACCCACCAUGGUUCAACUAAACUUCUUUCCCCGUAUUAUGAAUGUAGCUGGAGACAUGACUGAACUUCAUACCAUGUGGUCAAAUUCCAUCUUACGGAUUUUGGUACUCACCUGGAGUACUUUUAAUUCUCAAAACAGUCCUUUGGGGCUAAAUGAUAGACUUGCGAUGUUAUUUACUGUGAAGUAGUAAAGUCUGACGCAUGGUUAAAGACCAGUAUGGGCAGUACUUCUCUAUACUCUCUCUCUUUUUUUUUUCACUUGGCACCCGUUACAGGAUAGAGACGUCUCACAAAGCGUGCCCUUGUGGAUUGCUUCAGCCUCUCUCGGCUGGAAUGCGGCUCAGACUCAGCCUUAUUUUUUACAUCUGUUGUGAUAAGGCAUUUUGACCCAAUAAACAGUAGCUUGCCUUUUCCUUGCCAAACUAACGGGAUUUCCAGCCACCUCAGCAAACCUUUUGCCCUCUCCUUACUGCAAGUGCGAGGUGCAGCAAGCAGACUGUCUCUUGUGGCACGAAUAAAUGUCACAGCUCUCUCUUCUGUGCGGGACAAGCUGUUAUGCUAAGGCGUGAACGGAGGCACAAGCAUCUGCUUUCGAAUGGGAGAGGGCAGUGGCCUGCCAGCACCCUUCUGCAUGUCUGCAUCAGCUUGUCGGGACUGAAAUGCGAGCACCCUGCUUUGGCCUAAAACUGCUCAGGACUCCUAAGUUCAGUGGUUUUGGCGUGCAGUUUGGUCGGGUCAGCAGAUGAUCAGCUGCCGCCUCCAUCUGUGAGCGCCUCUGCCCCUGUUUCUGCUGCUUUUCGAGAUGGCAACGCUGGCAUGAGGCCAAAUGGGCAAAACUUGACUGUGGUGUAGCUCGGCUCUGAAAUGCCGCUUCUACCUGUGACUUGCAACCUCGUGAAACACUCCUGAGGAACAAGAGUUAACAGUCACACGGAGGGGAAUAUCCUGCAGUAUACAGGGCUCUGAGGCAUGUGUAGCUAUGGAGGAUUUUACUCACGACGUCAGGGGCAGUAGAAUUGACCCUAAAUGUGUGCACUCCCUGUAGCCUUUAAUUGGGCCUCCAUAUGAUGAAUAGCAAAAGGAUGGGAGCUGAUACAGCAUGUAAUGGCUGCUAUAUCUAGGCAACGUGAGUCAGGUGUAACAAAAUACACAAGACCGGUUGUGCAAGGUGCUGAGCUCACUCAUCUCAGCCUGCCACGUGAGUGAGGACCUCACGCUCGUCUCCUGCAUCUGCAGCUAGGCCCAAGAGGGGUUGAAGACCUGAUUGUGAUCUUAGGACUGUCUCAAGUACUGCUGUGGGAAAUAACACCAGCUGAAUGUUACCUAGUAAAUAAUUCAGCUAGUUCUUGGUUCCUCAAUGAACUUUCUUUGUCAGCAAAGACGGCACCUGAGUAAAAUAUGAAAGUGGCUUCUGGAAGUGAGCCUGAAACACCAGGCUUAGUGGGUUGCUGUGUCCUUGAGAGGUGGGCUACUAUGUGGCUAAAGCUUUUGCUAGCUCUUUUGAGAGCACCCUGUAUGAACAUGUGUUCUGGCCUUCAUUUGGGGAAUAUCGGAAAACACUAACAGGACUGAUACUCUUUUAAGACAGAAGAUCUCCAUUGCUUUAGGGCGACGUCUGAUGUAGGAUCAACAACAGGGCUAAAGGAGAAAUGCUCUACUGCUAAUAGUUUACGAUUACACAUGGAAAACAUUCCGGUGGCAUCCGAGUACAGCACUGCUUAAUCUCUAGAUACCAGCUUUAAACAUUGGGGGUUUAAACUACUCAGUCUUAGAGACUCCCCCCACCCAAAUAAGCAGGAAAGAGGAGUGGGAAGCUGAAAUUCUUCCUUUGUGGAAAGCCUCAACUGGCCAGUUUGCUCAGAGCUGUCUUGCAGGAGACUCCUUUGAAUGAAUGGAAAAUUUGGCCUGUGUUUUCACACGGUGUCUUAUUACUCCCAUCAGCCAUCCUGUAUUCCCUAGCACUGAGGAAAUGAAAGGCUGUCCUACUUUUGGUUUUGAUGUCCUGGAUAAAUUAUUAAGUACGAAUGCUCUCCUUUUGGUAUAGUUAUGAAGAGCGAGAAAUGACAGUGUGGAGUGCUUGAAAAUGGAGUGUCUGAGUUCACGGUUUUGAAGCAAAAGCAUAUACUGCUUUGUUCACCUAUAUGUUGCCUUGCCAGCUUUUAUCUUUGGGAGUUUGAAUUAAUUUAAACUCAAUUAACUCAAUUAUUCUUGUCCUUUGCAGAAGGUGGCUUCUCAUCUGCUUUAAUAUCUGAUGUCUGUUUUCUGUCCCUAACUGACUUACUCCCUGACAAAUGCAGAGGUGACUAUGAAGGGGAAUGUGCAAGGCUGCGAGUGAGCCCGCUCCCGCUUCCCUGCGCUGUGAAGUGUCAAGCCAGAGCCAGCCCUUCUCAUGUUCGGCUUCAGAGACUUCGCUGGGCUUUCUGCUGUGCUCAUUUUGGCCAGAGAGUAAGAAGAAGGCUUAACUGGUCAAUUCAGAACAGUUCCAGUUUAAAGGCACUUCUACAGAAGAAUUUCAGAAAACGUGUGUCAAAUUCUACCCAUCAUCUGGUUUAUAUAGGUUGCUUUCUGCUAUUCACAUGAACCUUGUAGUCUUUUAUUUAUUGAGAUAUGAAAAAACUGCCAGCAGCUCUGGAAAGUUAGUCUAGUCUUUAAUUCCUAAACCAGCUUCCUCAUUUGAGUUGUUUUAGGGUAAGGGAUGCUUAGAAGUCCCACUGUGGUGGUAAUUAGUAACUCAUGUGCAAAUAGUUACUGAAAUGAUUUUCCUGAAGCUUGCUUUUAGGAACCAGAUUUUAAUAGAUAUUUUUGGCUCAGAUCGUGCUGUUAAAUUUCUAUUGCUUAGAAUAUGGGAGCUCAUUUCGAUAGAGAUUUUUGCUUAAAAGCAAGAAGAAACUCCAGCUAUACAAGAAGCAGAUAUUUUUGUGUAUUUUCAAGUAUAUGAAGUGACUGGGGUCAAAAUGUUUUCACAAAACUGCUUUGAUGUUAAACACAGAGAGUAGCUUUUAAAAACACCUAGGGGAGGAGUGUUUGAUGAGCCAAGGGUCUUACGGCUCUUCAGCGUCUCAGUCAUUUGGGCGCUUUUAAAAUGUUCUCCCAGUCUUUCAGUGUUUAAUUUUUUUUUUUUUUAACAAAGUGAAUAGCUCCUGGGUCUGGAAACUGGAGUUUCAUCAGGUUAGUUACGACAGACUUGAAAGGGAGAAGCUAAACUGGUAAGAGUUUGUGUGUUUUGGGUUAGCUGUUUGAAUGACAGGGGUCUCUUUAGCUGUCAAGAAAGAGAGUAAAUAUUUUCCUAUCCUUUUUCCUUGUGCUGAUUUUUAGCAUCAGGCAAAUAUUUGACAUCAGUAUUCAAUUUCAGUAUUUACUGCCUUUUGGCUCUGUUUCUAAUAGCUGGUGAGACCUCUGCCUCUCCAAUGAGUUCACAGCACUGGGGGAGAAUUGGAGUCUCUUUCUUCUUAAUUUAACAAAUUUAGUCCCUGUUUUGCAAUUCAACACUUCGCUGGAAAUUUUGUCACUUUCUAGUUUCAGCAACAGCAAAAUUGGGUUCUUGCUUAUAGAAAAUUUUCACAUACAUCUUUGCUUAAACAUAUUGACCUGAUACUCCACAUUACCUGAAUAAUAGCCUGCUGUUGGUUGAUUUAGUGGCAGUUUUACAUUGCUCCUGUUGCUAAGAAAAUCACAUGAAGGACCCUCUGCACUUCACUUGAAGUGCAUGAGUAGCCCAUUGAAGCCAAUAGAGCUGUGCACAUAGACAAAAGUAAAUAUGUGCAUAAGUCAGUGCUGGAUCAAGAUCAGAGUUGGUUUUAUUACAGACAAGAUAUAUUUGUGGAUAAAUCUGCUGUAGUGUAAUAGUUGCCAUGAAAUCAUCACUAAAACAGGCUGAUGACUUCUUGUUCAACAAAAAAAUUUACACGCUAAAACACUGGGGGUACAUAGGGAAGCAAUGAUACAGUUUAAAAAAAUACAGUGGUUUUAGGGCAAAGAGGGCAGGUAACUGUAGAUGUGUGGCACAUGCUGCAUGUGCCUGAGCUGCUUUCUCUGCCACUGAGAUGCUACUGUGCUGACACAAAGUAGUUUUAGAUGUAUUUGGUGAAUGAAAGUGAGAAAAAGUCCACCCUGGCUGACAGUGGUCUGGCUCUGUGGUUGUGAAACCUCUCUGAAGUCAGCACUGGUGGCUUGGGAAGAGAUAUGGUCAAAUACAUGUCUCUUCUCCGUUUGCUUUAGGACCGAGUCACUGAGUGAAGACCAGAGGGAUUUUGCUUCUCUCAUUGCAGAGCAAUGAGUUUAUUUUUCUUUUCUGUUCCUGCAUCUUGCUGCUCGUCGGUUCUAGCUCUACAGUGGUAUGUGUCUGCUUCAUGAAGCCAAUAGGGUCAACCUCUUCCUGCGGUGAGACCCACCCCAGAGCCACUCACUGUUUCUGAAGCGAAGCAAAUUUAGGGUUCUUCAGCAAUAAACCCCCUCACCCUGCUUGCUUACAAGGCAGCCAGAAGUUCAUAAACCCCCUCGCCCUGCUUGCUUACAGGGCAGCCAGAAGUUCGUUCACUUUGGCCUGCUAAGGCAGGACGAAGGGCGGGAAGGAAUUACGCCCACGUGAAUACACGUAAGGUGGAGUCAUGCGAAGGCAGGCAAUACAGGUGCCCCGCAGCGCCGGUGUCGCCCGCAGUGCCAGCGCCCGGGUGAACGGAUAACCAGGCUGCCGUUUGCAAGCGGUGCCGACCCUGAUCCUUGUGCCCAGCGCAGCAGGUCUGCGCUGCCGGGCCACUCGGGCGCGCACGCACCCGCCAGCUGUGGCUUCCUGCAUCCAGACAGCCCCCCCAGAGCCUGGCUAGCAAUACUCAAUGGUACUAAUUCGUUGUUGUUCCCUUGAAAACUCGACUCCAGAAGAGAGUAUUUUAGAAUUUUUUAGAAGUGUAACAAACCUUAGCCACAUGUGAAUUCAACCCUCUUUUCUCCUGUGCUGUUAAAUAUUUAUAAAGAGUGAUGGCCUGCAGCGACGGCAACGCGCCUGGCCUGUUGUGAUUGCUAUGAUUAAAGACAAUACAGAAAAGCA